AAGAUCUACCUAGCAAUUGUUUAUCAAUUAAGGUUUCUAAGAGAAAGUACGUGUUUGGAAAAUGGGUUCCAAGGGUGUUUCCCUUCUCCUGUUCCUCAACCUCCUUUUCUUUUCCAUGAUUAGCUCAAGCAGCAGCUACAAAUCACCACCACCACCACCACCUUGUAAUGUCCCUUCUCCUGUAACACCACCACCCCCAACACCCUCUGGCACACCAGCACCACCACCCCCUGUCCUCUCUCCACCACCACCUAACUCAUCAUCACCGCCGCCACCACCCCCCCCUGUCCUCUCUCCACCACCACCAACUAACUCAUCAUCACCGCCACCACCAACACCCCCUGUCCUCUCUCCACCACCACCUCCCCCUAUCCUCUCUCCACCACCACCAACUAACUCAUCAUCACCGCCACCACCACCACCCCCUGUCCUCUCUCCACCACCACCCCCCCCUGUCCUCUCUCCACCACCACCAACUAACUCAUCAUCACCGCCACCACCACCACCCCCUGUCCUCUCUCCACCACCACCUCCUCGUUGUCCCGAUCUAAGUGUUUGCAUCAAUAUUUUUCCAAGGCCACCAACAAAUUCUUGCUGCACCCUCCUCGCUGAUCUAAUUGACCUUGAGGCUGCUGUGUGUCUCUGCGCUCAAAUCAGGACCCAGCUCCUUGAAAUCCCCAUUAACAUAGACAUUUUCUUGAACCUAGUGUUAAACAGUUGCAGUAAACGCCUCCCACCCAACUACCGUUGCAAUUAAGAAAAAAGAAUAUGCUUGACAUCCAUCAUCGUAUUCUCUCGUGUUACUUUGUUUUUUGCGUGUUUCAAGCUAAGGACGUUACCCUUCGUGCCUGCUACAUAUAUAUGCCAGUGGACACUAUAAUAUUACCAAUAAAUUAACGUCCUUGCAUAAUACUAAUAAAUUAUGAAUAAUACUGUAUUGUGAUGUUGUUCUUCCUCCAUGCUACCUUUGUUUAUCAUGUUGCAGUAAAAGUUGUUCAAUAAAAUUAAAGUCCUUUGUUCAAGAAGUGA